UCUAUUAAAAUCAAGAAGCACACAGAUGAAGCCAUAUGGAUUCGAAUCGCGUGGGGCGACAGCUACACCCGGCCCAAUCACAUGAAACCAACGUACGCUGUUCACCACCUUCAAACCCCGUACGUCUUUGUGACCACUUUGACUUCAAAACAAAAGCCACUGUUAUCCCAGGCGUUAUUGCUGUCAACACAAUAUCAAACUAUAAAAGAAGCUAACCUCAGUGGGCGAAAACUCACUGCCAUCAGGGACCUGCUGAUGAAGCAAUAUCAACAGAUGUUCCCCAACAGUUUUCCUAGUCUCCUAACUGAAACAAAUGAAAACGUCCCGGACCCACACAAAGUACAUGAACAAGCUGGAACUGCAUCAACCAGAGGGAGGUUGGCGUGUGAAACCUUUGGUCGUGGAGCGCUGCCUCAGAUAGAGACCACAGUUUACAAGGUACAGCAGUCUCGGAAUUCUGUUAUGUAGAGGCUAAAACUUUUUUAAAUCAGUUUUUAUUUCAAUAACAAAAUGUCCUAAGCCCCAACAUUGAGUAUUUUUUACACACAAAUAUGACAGAUUUACUGUCAUCUUCACAUGAUGCUCGAUUUUUAAUGUAACACAACAGAAAAAACAGGAAGCCACAAACUUCUGUUGCUAACAGUUAGUCAGUGCUGCAUAUCUUAAUGGUGGCUU